AUGGAUCCUGGCUGCCGAAGGGUCUACACCCAAUGGAGCGUGAUGAAUACGAACAUGCGCUGGUCCCAACAAGGCUGUGAACUAUUCCCGUCUGAGGCGGGCCAUUGGACAUCCGGAGAUCAGGACCAGGAAGCCAGAGCCUCACAGCCGUCGACUUCGGGACGACGUAUUCUGGCCUGGCAUUCAGUGAUCCGUCCCAGCGAACCGACGCUGCUAUCCCGAUCACUGACUGGGGUCGAGGAUGAAAUCCGUUUCGACGGCCCAGGAAAUGAGCAGUUCAAAUGGGGUUUCCAGAUCAAGCAUGGCCAGGAAAGACAUAUCUGGUUUAAACUGGACUUAGAUCCGGACAAUUCCCGAGUUGGCAAAUUGACCCAGCUCUCAAGGACAUUAAAGGAUCUCUUCGUGUCACCACCUGAAUAUCAGCGGACUACAGAGGACAUCGUGGCCGCAUACCUGACAGGUCUACGCAGACAUGCUGUCGCUCAUUUAGAGAAACUUUACGGUUCUGCCGUUAUGAAAGACUGCCAGCUCGACUGGAUAAUCACUGUGCCUGCCGUCUGGUCUGAUCUGGCCAAAAAGAAGACGCGAACUGCGGCGAUGAGAGCCGGCAUGGGCGACACCACAUCUCUUCAGAUGACAUCGGAGCCUGAAGCGGCCGCUGUCUACGCACUUAAAGCGCUGGACCCGCACCAUAUCAAGGUUGGAGAGAGCGUGGUGAUUUGUGAUGCCGGUGGAGGCACUGUGGAUUUGAUCACGUACAAGAUGAAAUCUGUGGAUUAUCCGUAUGAGGUGGAGGAGACUGCUAUCGGCGGGGGCAGCCAGUGUGGGAGUACCUUUUUGAAUCGAAAGUUCGAGGAAGUUUUAAUGAGGAAGCUCAACAACAAGCCUAUCUCCAAAAAUGCAAAGGCGAUGGCAAUGAGCCAUUUUGAAAAGGAGGUAAGUGUUCUCGAGAAUCCCAAUUCACAACUGUAG